AUGGGUAUCAAAGGAAUCUACGGGGAAAUUGGGCCUGGUGAAAGAGUGGCGCUUUCCAAGAUCUCAAUUGAAAAGUUUGAGAAAACCGGAGUUCCCUUGAGGAUCGCAAUUGAUAUAUCAAUUUGGAGCUUUCAAAUACAGGCUGGCCAAGGUGGAACCAAUCCCGCAUUACGGACUCUGUACUAUCGACUUCUCAGACUUCUUUCCAUCGCGGUGCAACCAUUAUUUGUCUUCGAUGGACCUCACAAACCACCUGUUAAGCGUAAUAAGCAAACAGGUCGAGGCGGUGCUUCCAUCCCGGAUUUGAUGACCAAGGAGCUACUCAAAUUAUUUGGCUUUGCAUAUAUUAUUGCUCCUGGGGAAGCUGAAGCAGAAUGUGCCCUUCUCCAGCGUAAAGGGGUCGUUGAUGCCGUUCUCAGUGAGGAUGUCGAUACGCUUAUGUUUGGAAGUGGAUUGACAUUCCGAAGUUGGUCGUCGGAAAAUAAAAGUGGUGCUGGUAUACCAACACACGUUAAUGCUUAUGAUUCCAAAGCAACCAAGGCCGGUAAAUCUGGACUGGACCGUGAAGGCAUGAUUUUGGUGGCCUUGAUGAGUGGCGGUGACUACAAGACCGAAGGAAUCCCUGGAUGCGGUGUGAAAGUUGCUUGUGAAGCUGCUAGAGCUGGCUUUGGAAAGAGAUUGUGUCAAAUUCGUAGAGAGGAUGUUGUGGCAUACGAUGAGUGGAGAGCGAAUUUGGCCCACGAGCUAUAUACGAACGAAAGCAAAUUCUUUAAAACCAAACGGAAGGCCCUACAGAUUCCUGUAGAUUUCCCGGAUCGGAAAGUUUUGGGAUAUUAUACACAUCCAGUCGUUUCUUCUUUAGCGAGGGUUGAGAGACUUCGGGAUCAGAUCGAGUGGGAAGGGGAUAUUGACACCGCAAAGCUCCGACUUUUCGUGGCCGAUGCAUUUGAAUGGAAGGGGAAAGAAGGGGCUAAGAAAUUCGUACGAGGUUUAGCACCAGUGUUAUUAAUAACAAAACUCCGUCAACGUGGAGAUCGCCGAAAUUCCGGGUAUAAUGACUCCAUGCUCACCAAGCUUAAUGAGAUGGAAUUAGUCAAGGCUAUCUGCGGUCAAAGGAAACAUGUCACCACCGAUGAAGUUCCAGAAAUGAGAGUCAUUUAUCAACCUCUGGAGAUUGUUGAUAUUGAUCUGGACGAAGAAGAUGAUGAGGUCGAAGAUUAUGGAAGAGAUGGACUUGCCCCUCUUCUUGAGGAUGAUCAGAUACAAUCAUACGAUUCGGAUGAUGCAGCUACAACCGAUACUCUACGAAGGCGAGGACCUUCUCCAUAUGAUCCCACAAAAGCAGAUAAAUUAUGGGUAUUUGAGACGAUCAUUAAAGUUGGCGUACCACUCACUGUAGAGGAUUAUGAAGAAGCCUUGCGAAAUCCCGAAAAGGCUUCUAAGCAGAAGGCUGCUGCGAAAAGAGCAGAAGCUAAAACUACAAAGUCUAAAGCGAGUUCUAAAGCUGCAGGUGGAAUGACUAAAGGUGCACUGGUUCGUUAUGUCGAGAUUUCAGAACGAAGCUCCAGGACCAUGACUAAAGCAUCAAGUCAAACUGCCCGGAAUUUCGAACUACUGGAAGAAGAUAUGCCACCUCAAUUCUUAGCUCCAGGUAUUAGCAGCCCUAAAUUACCGGAACCAACAAUGGCGAGAAAGCGGCUCACACGCGGCCGGAAACCAGCUACUAUCAAAGAGAAGGAAAUGCCAAAGUUAAAUCCAUGGGCUGCAUCUCAACCAUCCACUUCUCAACCUUUACCUCAAAUAACGAAGCCUUCGCGUCUUCGAAAUCCCGUGACCUCGACUAAAACACUACAAAACUACGCUUCCUUGAGCUCAAGUCCCGAAAGUCAGUCUAUUCCCACACCACUCUCCACGCGAAAACAUCGACCCGUUCCACUCAGUGAUGAUGAAGACGACGAACUGUCUUUACCACCUACUAGAGCCCCCGUUUACGUCGAUCGCCUCUCUCCCAGAAAAAGGCGCUCUCCACCCCAAAUCAACACAAAAUCAGGUCUUUCUUCACCCCCGGCAACCCUCAAUACAAGCAAAUAUACUCGCACACCUCUCACUCCUCAAGCCGUAAACCGCAAAAUUGAUUUCACACUCCAUUCCUCGGGUCAUCAAUCUUCAUCCUCAGGUGGCUCAUCUGUCUCUCAAUCUUCAUAUAAGACAGCUCCUUUGCACAGUCAUUCGCCAGGGAGGGUCAUCGAUCUUACUUCUUCGUCUCCAGUAUCUCUAGCAUCUCCAGUGUCUCCCGCGUCCCCAAGAUCUCCAGCAUCUUCCUACAUUCCCGAGCCUCUACGCGCAAACCACGCUGAAUCCCCUGGAUAUCCCAAACUCGUCCUUCCAUCCAGCUCACCACUCAUGAUGAGAAACAGUCCCCAACACCCCGAUACAUAUACAUGCACGCCCUCAUACCACACCGCCAUCAACGUACACACCACCAUCUACAAUAUCACUCAAUCUCCCUCACCAUCUCCCUCCAAAUCUUCCUUUUCUCGGCGUCAAAAACCCAGACCCGAUGUCCAAACAAUUAGGGAACAAAGGGUAGAAGCUGAGAUUAGCGAAGAUGUAUCAGAAGAGAGUCUUGAGGAGAAGCAACGCAACAAGAAUAAAAAUACGAAUACGAAUACGAAUCAGAAUACAAAGAGAUACAUCAUGUUGCGGGAAUCACUACCAGGGUCGUGGAGAGAAGUGGGCAGGGAGGAAUUGAUUGAGGGGAGGAGUAGAGCUUGGAGGGUGGAGGAGGUGGAGUUUUUGGAUUUGACGGGGGAGUGA